UUUCUUGCAGUCUUAAAACAAUGUCUCGGAAGCCUAUGCCUGGAUGAGUGGGAGUUAAUUCAAUUCAUUGGGCUGCUAAAUCUUAUCUUACAGACAUUUUAAAUUUAGAGGCACUGAUUUCUUAAGUCCAAAAAAAUGUAACAGGUUGAAAUAAAAACAUUCCAUUAAUUGUACUACAUUUGAAGCAACAAUGUAUUUGCGUUUUGCAAACAGGAAACCAUAUGAGAAACUUCAUCUAUCAACAGCACUUGAAGAUUGGGAUAUGAGCGAGGAGCUUAAAUUAUCUAUUACGGCAGAUCAAUAUUUUGCUGGUGCUGAUGACAAAGUUGAAAGGUACACCCUGAGACGCCAGCAUAGCACAGAGGUAUCCCCUACAAGGUCAGAGGAAGGUGAUUAUCAAGUGAUCCCCCAACCAGUGGCUCAGGGGCAACAUGUUGCUCCCCAACCCCUUGGAUGUUGCUCUCCGUGCCCCCAAACCAGAGUGCACAUUCCGCCCCAGCCUGUGGCUUGUUGUGGACCCUAACUUGGUGAUUCCAUGCCCUGAGUGGAUUAACCGUAUUCCUCCUGAACCAGAAUUGACCUCUCCACCCUUGCAGCUUCAGAGGCAGCUGUCUAAUGAUUAUUCUACUGUGGAGGAUUCUGAAGAUGAAGCACCAACCUCCUGCAGUGAUGUGUUGACAGAUGAUGAUGAUUCUUAUAACCCAUGGCAACCCAAACACAAGCGCAAGAAAGCAAAGUGUCUGGGUAAAAAGUUGAGGGUCCAAAAAGGCUUAACCCAACUGGAAUCAUGGCCUCGCCCCCCUCUUAAUUACUGCAACUUAAUUUCGCUUGCUUUGAGAAACAGUGAGGAUGGCAGUCUAAAUGUGCAACAAAUCUACAGUUUUGUCAGAGAGCACUUUCCAUUUUUUCGUAUUGCUCCAGAUGGUUGGAAGAACACUGUUCGGCAUAACCUUUGUUUUAGUAGUAGCUUUGAAAAGAGUUCUGGUUGGGUUUGUGCAGAUGGACACAGACGCUCUUGCCUGUGGAAACUAACACGUCAAGGGCGCAGAAAAUUCAGAAAUGAGAUGCAUGCACUAUCUGAUGAUUUGCUGCAUGUGCUAAGAAAGAGCAUGAAAAAGCCAGCACUCAUGGAAUUGAUGUUUGGUAUGUAAGAGUCCCCAUUAUCUGCACUUAUCUCCUUGAUAAUGGCUGACUCUCAACACUCUGAAAAGAAAUUACCAUCCCAGCACUGCACUGAAUAGGGGUCUUAUGAAUUUUCAAUUCUGAUACAUGGAUCUUGGUCUGUUUAUUUUGUUCACAUUCAAUAAAGGAUUUUUGCCCAUCAAA